AUCUUGGCGUUUGGGUCCUUAUUUCUGAUGUACCUUACGCCCUGUGAGGCUGGGACUGCUUACACCAGAUAAAUCAGCUCAAGUGCCAGCACAGCUUGGGAUGGAAACUCUGGCCCUCCACAAGAGCACCAGCUUGCUCUUCACGCUAUGCUUUGCUCAUUGCAUAUAUAUCAUAUGCGCCUGCAGUAGCUCCACAGCUUGCUCGCGACCAACAUCAGCUUUGCACAAACGGAACCGGAUCCUGUUGCCACGAAACACAGCUCAACCUCGCGCGUUAGAGAACGUCCGGACCCUCUGCGGCUCGAAGAUCAUCGCCUCUACUAACAGCCUAUACGGACAGUGACUUGCACCGGGCAUGUCUUCAGGCCUUGCACAAGAGGUGAGGUGCCUCACGAUGAUAUUGAUUUAUUCAGAUUCGGCAACCUCGGGGACGGGCUUUGCGAAUCUGGGCACAGAAGUGACAGAACCCAAGAGACCGCACAUCUCCAACCUACACUCCAGAUCCUCGGCUUGUGAAAACUCCAUUCCGGCCGCGUUUAAUCCUUAUGCCUUGGGCACCCAGCCGAACUUGAGAUGGCGCGGCAUCAGGGACGAAUCUCGGUUCUCGAUGCAUGCCCACGGCUGGGAGAGGCGGGUACGGCUCCGAGCAGAGUCACGGAGACCACGCAUCGUACCAAAACCAAGUCUUUCGCGGGAGCGUGAUUGUGAUCCCCAUAGUCGGCUCGCUUUUUCUUGGAAUACGAAACCGCCGAGCUCCUGGACCAGCUCAGACUAUUCGACUCGACCGACCCGACGUCCAUUGCCAUCGAACUUGAUCGUGCUUGGAUGCAGGUUUAGCACCACGCCAAGGAGUCACUUAGUGGUGGAGGAUGAUGGGGACACGACAACAGGAAUACGAGCCCCUUCGGCGACGCUGACUGCUUCUUCGACCUUUGGAAUCAGGAUCAGAGCUCAUCGAGCAGAUCUCGUAGUUCAUACACAUUGCUCGCACUCCCGAUGAAACAGUCCAUUACAUCAAAAAAGACC